GUCAAAAGUCAAAACCGUCAAAUCAAACGAAAAGUGCUUUUGCGUACGGCAGUUUCGUAUUCCAUUGUCCGGCUAAAGGUAAUUUUUCGUAAUUGCCUUUUGUUUGGCACACAAAAGCCCAUUGUUCUUCGUCCAGUAGGCAGCGGGCUACAAUGCAAAGUGUCAUCAACACGGUGAAGGGAACCGCCCUGGGCGUCGCGGGGUACCUCACUCCCGUGUUGAAGGAAUCAAAGUUCCAAGAGACUGGUGUGCUAACUCCCGAAGAGUUUGUGGCAGCGGGGGACCACCUGGUACACCACUGUCCCACGUGGCAGUGGGCCAAGGGCGAGGAGUCCAAAAUCCGCAACUACCUGCCCGUCGACAAGCAGUUCUUGGUCACCAGGAAUGUGCCAUGCUACAGGAGGUGUAAACAGAUAGAGUACUGUGAAGAUAAAGAGAAGGUGAUAGAGGAUGACCAGGAUGGAGAAGGAGGCUGGGUGGACACUCACCAUUAUGACACCGCCGGCUCACCCACCGUUGAAGAGAAGGUGUGUGAGAUGACCCUAGAAGCGGCCGACACAGGCGACAGCGACGGCGAGGCAGGCGACCCCGACGAUGAUGAUGAUGAUGAGGAGGAGGAGGAGGAUGGUGAAGCUGAAGACAUGGAGCAGUUCCAGGAGUCGGGGCUGCUGGACGAAGUGGAUCCUUCAACAGAUCUCGCGCCGCGGAAGGAAAGCAAACCCAAGGAGCCGAAACCUUCUCGCGGCGACGGCGACGACAUCGUUCGGACGCGCACGUACGACCUGCACAUCACGUACGACAAGUACUACCAGACCCCGCGGCUGUGGCUCAUAGGGUACGACGAGAGCCGGGCGCUGCUGAGCGUGGAGGCGCUGUACGAGGACGUGUCGGCCGAGCACGCCAAGCGCACCGUCACCAUGGAGGCGCACCCGCACCUCGCCGGGCCCGGCAUGGCGUCCGUGCACCCGUGCCGACACGCAGAAGUGAUGAAGAAAAUAAUAGAGACGGUAACGGAGAGCGGCGGGGAAAUGGGUGUUCACUCGUACCUCAUCGUGUUCCUUAAAUUCGUGCAAACGGUCAUCCCCACCAUCGAGUAUGACUUCACGCAGAACUUCGCCAUCAACUAGACUGUCCUCGCGCGCAGCGACCUUUGUCAGUAGAAAAGGGCGGCAAAUUUAAAAAAAAAUUGGCGCGAAGGCGGAGAGUUGACUUUCCGUAGAAAAUUGAAUUUCCCGCCUUUUCUACUGACAAGUUCGCCUGUAUUCAGUAUAUUUAAUCGAUCCGAUGGGGCGAUGCGUGCCGGGACGGGUGCGAGCGAAAAAUCUGAUGAAAAGCUUCCGCUUAGGACAGAUGUUACUAGCGCAUGGUUUACUGGUAAUAGCGAGUGCGGCAUCUAGCUCUGUGGAUCUUGGAAACAAAUAUUGAUAAUAUUUCCAAAACUUUUGUACAAAACACCUUUUGUGUUGGAACUUAUUUGUUGGAGGUUUUCUUUUUUGAAUUGGCACUUCAGACUGGCAAAAAGGUCACAUUUUUCAUUUAUUUAGAAAACGUUUUUGUUCAGAUUGUAAAUUUUCUGCGAAACAUUCAUUUUAUAGAAUUAUUUGAGAAUCUGCAUCAGAAGUGCUAACGGUUCUAAAAAAAGAAAACCCAAAAGAAAUUUCUGAGGGUAAAGUUCAUACCAUUUAAGCUGUCGCAAACUUAUUAUGUAGACGAAAUUUAGUCAGACGAGGCCAAUUUCGUCUGUUUAGGUAUAUCUAGUUUUUGGAGUUCAGUCGCUUUUAUCUUGAAAUCUACGGUUACAUUAGAGACCGUGCGGGUUAGAGGGUCUGCCAUCUCGGGACCUGAAUCGAAAGAGAAAACAAUUUACGCUUCUAAGCAGGUGCCGCCCCCUACACUUCACGCUGGCUCUAUUUCGCAUAGUACAGACCCUGCCAUCUAGUGGCUUAAAUCUGAAAAUGGAAACUUGACAUAACGCUUCGCGCCAAUGAAUAGGGGGUUUCUGGGUUCUGUGUCGGCUACAGUUCAUGCAGUUUCUCGCCAGCUAGUGCAAACACUAACACUGAAUGAUGGCACGGUUUUGUAUAUUUCAACUUUGGAAUUAGCUACAUUUCGGUAUCGCCAUUUGAAAAACCUUCGCUGUAAUUACCAGCUAGGAUAUUUGCUGAAAAUGCUAAGCAAUAAUGCUCCAUAUUCCUUAAUGAUAAAGUUUAGUACAUUGGUGCUUUUGUGGUCGCAAUAAGGUUCUCGUUUGCUUAGCGUUGUAUCGGCGCCAAGAAGCAAUAUCGUUUAGUAUUUUAAGAAAUUCAAUACAUUUUUGUUUUUGGGGCAUGAUGAAAACGUGGAGAGGGAUACAAAAACAAAUUUUUCAUUAAACACGACUGUUGACACAUGAAAUCUUGCCUUCGUCGACGUUUAAGAAACUACAGUCGGCAGCAAAAAUAUCUAAGUGGAGCAGAUGUUCAAAACGACAUUUCAGAACGGUUCAAACCAUUCUGAACACCUCAGUACAUUAGCUGCUUAUAUAAUUAUCCCUGUACGUUAUUUAUUAGAGUCGAGCCAUGCUAACUCUGCACACCCUUUGCUAUGACAAAGUGUGGAACUGCUGUCAUUAACUUCAAAUAUGACGUUCAGUAUGGCUCUUAGUCACGUCAAAGUCGGUAUAUUUAGAGUGCUUAGACGUUCGAAUGGCGUGGUAAUGGUAUUUUAAAAAAGGCAGAUUCUAUAACUGAUGGUGUUUUAUACAAUCGUUAUAUAAUAGAGAGCUUUGCAGUUAAGUACCGUGUUCAUAGAUACAUUGAUUGAGAUGUGUAAAAUCUAAGACACUUCCGCGCUUCGAAUUUGACAAAUAAACGAGAUAACUUUGAUUGUCAAAAGUUGACGUUUGACAAUUCAGUGACCACAAAACAUGGCGCAGUACAUGAUUUGGGUGUUAAACUAAGGGGCACGUUUUUUUGUUAGACUUAACCUUUCUAUUACAAUCAAUUCUCUUUGUCGUGAUUAGACAACGAAGCUUGCUGAGUUUGCUAAGUAAGGUAAGAGAUUGAAAAGCGUUAUUAUAUCACAAUUGUAUACAAUACUUUUUCUACGAGUCAUCUAAAAUAGUACUUUUUUACUAUAAUACCUAAAUAAAUAAUGGAAAGUGGUAGGUAUCUCAGUAAGCAAAAAUGUAGUACAAAAGACAUAAACGCGCGACUAUUUAGUCCCACUCCGCGCCCGUUUAGUCUUUUCUUUGGGAGCGCCGAGGCACGUGAUGGGUAAGAAAAAAAUAUAGUUGACUACAGUAUAUCGAAAUGAAUAUUAUAGUUGAGUUGGGAGCCCAUACAUGAACACGCAAUUAUAGUUUGGUAUACGAAGUCUUAAUUCAACCAUUACAGUCGAUGGUUAGAAAAAUGAUAUUAGCCAACGAAUUUAAACAUGUUUAGUAAUGCCAUUGCAAUAGUAGAGAACUUAUCACAUUUAUAUAAGAGCUAGACAUUAUAUAAUAUUAGUACAAAUAAUUGCUGUAACCACAAAAUAAAAUAAAAAUUGUCCUCCCUAUGAAAUCAUAGUGAUGUUCGGAUAUUUUCACAACUUCUUGUCUUGUAAUGCUACACACAUUUUUAUUUAAGCUAAUUUAGAAAGUGGGAUCAAGCCAAUUCUGCAUGCCACUUGCAAUAACAAAGUGUGGAAUAUCAUAAUUAAUGUCAAUUUUUCUAUGAAAAUAUGACGUAUAUAAUGACAACGCCGCACUUUAUCAUAUUGAUGCUGGUGCAAUGUUAGCUUAGACGGACUCUUAUCUAUUUAAUUUUGUUAUAUUACAUUUAAAACUUGUUACACUUGCGAUUGUGGUACCUAAACCUAGAAGAGCGUUUCUUUUUUUGUUAUUCAUUUAUUGCCACUUUUGUGUUAUUUUUCGUCAGAAUAGCGAGUCCUUUUCAUCCUUGUAGGGGAAAAAAUGACAAAAUUUCCAUACGUCGUUCAAACUUUCCUUUUUGUUACCGCCAUACAAAGAAUAUGGGGACAUGGUAACACAAUAGGAAAAAACUCUGGGACUUUUUAUUACCAUUAGGAUCGUAAGAGCUCGGAAUUCUGAGAAGAAAUAAGUUAAUGAAAAAAUACAAAAAUAAUGAAAGAGGCAUGGUUUUUUAAGAAUCGCUCGGACGUUUUUAGUAUUAAAUUGCGCCGAUUUUGUGAAAAUUACCAAUUUUCGUAAUUUAAUUUCCUACGAUUACACGUCGAGAUCGUCGAUAUGUUAUGUUAUGUUAUGAUACAGUCUUAUGUUAUGUUAAUCACAGUAAAGCAAUGAAACACGUAAAGCUUUACUUUUUAUACAAAAUCUUGUUUUUUAUCAUAAUUAAUUUUGUUAAUUAUAAAGAAUUAAAGAUAUGUAUUGUGCGGUUUGGAAACAUUCCUACGGAACGUCCAGCAGCUGUUGCGGUCGCUGAUAAAAGAUUAUGCUUUCAAAGUAUUGUCACCUACAAAAAUAUGUUACAUAACGAAGGCUGCAAAAAUAUCUGAUAUGAUCCUACAGGCCAAUUCCAACAAUAUAAUGUGAUACUUAUCUGACAUCAUUCCAAUAUGAGAUGGUUCCAAUCUCCUUUAGAGGACCUGCCGAAUUGCGCAUUAUGUCAACCUUCAACCAAAAACGUCACUCUUGACAGAUCAGUAUCAAAUUGGAAGGCUUAGAACUUUUGGUAGCAUACUGUGGUUCGAGAAUCUAUGGAGUCGCAAAACAUUUUUUUUUAAAAGCCGAAGUCAAAGUAAAUAUUACAUGUAUAUUUAUAUGUAAAAAUUAAGUAAAUGCUGGUAAACUAAAUAAACGGUUGUGGUAUUGGGUAGGGGUAGGUAAUUUUUUGAUGAAAAAAAUAUUUCCUCUACCAUCGUAAAGAAUGUGUUUAGAUAAGAGUGUUAUGUUCAGUUUUAUUCUCCAAUCAAUAUUUACAGAGAUAUACUGAAGAACCCCAAUACUCUUUAAAUAUUGAUCGGAGAAAAAACUGUAUCUAGCAAAACUUCUUCCUCCUGCCCUUAUCCCACAUUAUGUGGGGUCGGCACAACAUGUUAUUCUCUUCCAUUCUCCUCUAUUUUUCGUCACCUCAGCACUCACUCCUUUCUUUCUCAUAUCCUCUUUCACACAAUCCAUCCAUCGUUUUUUCGGUCUACCAUCCGCUCUCCGUCCAUCAACAUUCAUUCCUAACAUUCUUUUUCCUAUAAGGCAUUCAUCCCUCCUCAUUAAAUGCCCAUACCACGCUAACCUACCACUCCUUAUCUUCUCCGCUACCGGUGCUACUUUCAAAUUUCCCCUUAUAUACUAAUUCUUAAUCCGAUCCUUUCUCGUCACUCCACACAUCCAUCUCAACAUUCUCAUUUCCGCGGCGUGCACUCUUCUUUCAUCCGUCACUUUCGUCGCCCAGCAUUCUGAUCCAUACAUUACAAGAGGUCUCACGAUCGUCCUGUAGAUUUUCCCCUUAAGUUUAAGGGGCAUUCGUGGAUCGCAAGUUGUUCCAGAAACCUGUCGCCAUUUCAUCCAUCCCGCAUUUAUUCUAUUUUUCACGUCACGGUCGAUGUUGCCGUCACAUAACUGGCAGGAAGUGGCACAGGAUCGAGACAGGUGGCGUUCUCUCAUUUUGGAGGCCAAGACCCUCAUUGGAUCACUGCGCCACAAUAGUUAGUUAACAAAACAUUAUUUAAACACAUUCUUUACGAUGGUAAAAGAAAAGAAAAUCCAAAAUUUAUAUGUUCCAUAAACGACCCUCCUAUCCCAAUCGUUUAUUCUGUUUACUAGCAUUUACGUAAUUUUUACAUAUACAUACUAUACUUACUUUGACUUUGAAAAAAUAAAAUGUUGCGACUCCAUGGAUUCUAGAACCACGGUAUGCUACUAAAAGUCCUAAGCCUACAAAUUGGAUUUAAUUGCUAAAACUAGAAUCUAAGAACUUCACUUUUGACCCUGACAGAUCAGUAUCAUAUUGGAAUGAGAUUUAAUAACUAAAACUCGAAUUGGCCUGUUACUUGUGGAGCCAUAAUAAGAGCGGCUCACAUAUUUUUGCACCCUUCGAAGAGUAACAUAUUAUUGCAGGUGACUUUACGUAAUUAAGUUUUUUUUAGUUUUGAAAGUCAUUCUAACCUUUCGUAUGCGCCUGUCAAAUAAUUGCCAUUUAUUUAGCAACCAUGACAUGUCAUGUUUCAAUUGAAGUUGUUUGAAUAUAUAUGGAGCAGACCUGUUCCUAAGCAUACCAAAGGCUUUACAUUUUCAAGUUAUUCCCAGCUGUUACCACUGGGGAAGAAAGAGCAGUAAUUACCAGUUGUAACAACGGGGAAAACCGACAGAUGUAUAUUAAUCGAUCGCAACAACUCUGAGAAAGUAGUUUUAUUCUUCAGGCUUGACAUUCUGAUGCAUCUGGCUGGAUUUAUAUACGCGAUCUUUUUUAUACUGAUGUGGUUUUGAUAUUAUUACGUAAGAAUUAUAAGCAAUGUUAUUAUAUUAUUUAGCUCGAGAAUAAACUUUUAAAUCCGCAGUACACUUUAAGUUGUGUAAAUCUUUUAUUUAUGAGCAUGUUGAUUGUGCAUUAUUUUUACAUAAUCUUUUAUUAAAUGAAUAUUUUGCUACCA